CCAGUGGAGAGUCAGGAGCAGGAAAGACAGAGAGCACCAAGCUGCUGCUCCAGUUCCUGUCUGUGAUGUCCCAGAAGUCUGCCGGGACAGCCCAGUCUGAGAGGAGUACCCGCGUGGAGCAGUCCAUCAUACAGAGCAGCCCCAUCAUGGAGGCGUUUGGGAAUGCCAAGACUGUGUACAACAACAACUCUUCCCGCUUUGGGAAGUUUAUCCAGCUCCACUUCUCCCAGAGUGGGAACAUCCAUGGAGGCUGCAUCAUAGACUAUUUACUUGAAAAGAACCGUGUGGUGAGACAGAACCCUGGAGAGAGGAACUAUCAUAUCUUCUACGCUCUGCUGGCCGGGGCCGACGAGGACCACAGAGAGCUGUACUUCCUGACAGAGGGCCCAGAGUCGUACCACUACCUGAGUCAGUCUGGCUGUGUGAAGGACAGGAGUCUAGAUGACCUGAAGCUAUAUGACAGUGUAAUGGAGGCUCUGAAGGUGAUGCAGUUCAGCGAGGAGGAGAUACGUGACGUCUUCAAGCUGCUGUCUGCUGUUCUUCUGAUGGGGAACAUAGAGUUCAUGACCGCAGGAGGAGCACAGAUCACCUCUAAAGGAGUGGUCAGUAACGUCUGUGAUCUGUUGGGCCUGGACUCGUUCCAACUGUCUGAGGUUCUGACCCAGAGGUCCAUGAUCCUGAGAGGAGAGGAGAUCUGUUCACCCCUCACUGUGGAACAGGCGGUGUGCUCUCGGGACUCGGUUGCCAUGGCGUUGUACGCCCAGUCUUUCUCCUGGAUCAUCACACGGAUCAACCAGAAGGUCAGAGGGAAGGACAACUUCAAGUCCAUCGGUAUCCUCGACAUCUUCGGCUUCGAGAAUUUUGAGGUGAACAGAUUUGAGCAGUUCAACAUCAACUACGCCAACGAGAAGCUCCAGGAAUACUUCAACAAACACAUCUUCUCCCUGGAACAGCUGGAGUAUAACAGAGAGGGGAUCCAGUGGGAAGCCAUAGACUGGAUGGAUAACGCAGAGUGUCUAGACCUCAUAGAGAAGAAACUGGGCAUGUUGGCUCUGAUCAACGAGGAGAGUCGCUUUCCUAAAGGCACCGACUACACCCUGCUAGAGAAACUACACAGUAGGCACGCUACUAACCACUACUACAUGAAGCCCAGAGUGACGGAUCAUCAGUUUGGCAUCAAGCACUAUGCUGGAGAGGUUGUGUACGACGUCAGAGGGAUCCUACAGAAGAACAGAGAUACCUUCAGAGAUGACAUCUUAAACAUGCUCAAAGACAGCAGGCUUGACUUCGUCUAUGACCUGUUUGAGCGUGUUGGGAGCAGGAACGGAGAGGAGACCAUGAAGAUGGGGACGGCCAGACGCAAACCCACCGUCAGCUCUCAGUUCAGGGACUCUCUCCAUUCCUUGAUGAACACUCUGAGUGCAUCCAACCCGUUCUUCGUGCGCUGCAUCAAACCCAACAUGAACAAGAACGCCAACAUGUUUGACCCAGAAGUGGUCCUGAACCAGCUGAGGUAUUCUGGGAUGUUGGAGACAGUGAAGAUCCGCAGGGCUGGGUUUCCUGUCCGCAGGACUUUUGAUGACUUCUACAGCAGGUACAAGAUGAUCCUGAAAGAUGAGCGUCCAACAGACGACCAGAGAGGGAUGUGCACAGAACUGCUGAUGUCAUACGACCCCGCCAAGAGAGACUGGCAGCAGGGGAAGACUAAGGUACGCUAAGGCCCCGUGGCUCUCACACGGCGUACUCUGCUGCGUGUACUGUGACCCAGGGGGUUUACAGGGUUGAACAGGGUAGAGUUACAGGGACCGAAGGAGCAUCAGCUUCAGGCUAACAACAAACCCACAGCUG